UCAGUAAAGGUUGAAUUUUGGUCGAGGUAGUUAUUUGUCAAGUGUACUGUGAAUUAAAAGGUUCUUUUAAAUUAAAUUUUUUUUUGUCGACGAAUUGACUUUAAAAUUUAACAUAGAAUUGUUUCGAACUCUAAUUACAAUGUUGCCGGCAAUUUUUGCCGUUUUAUUAUUGACAAAUUUCGUGUCAGCGGAAAUUUAUGUUGGACAGAAUCCGCAGAACGUAAAUGCCGUGAUCAAGGAUGGGAACGGAAAUCUCGUUCCUGUUACAGGAGUUGCUGAUGAAAUUGUGGUGGUGGAUUUGAAUUAUGGCGGCGAAGGUAAUACUUCUGGAAUGUCGGUUGAUGUUUCAGUUUCUCCGGUAAAUAGCUCAAGCAGUGGUGUGUCUGGUUCAGGGUAUCCAGUAACAUAUAUGGGUUCGCCUUCAUCAAUGAGUUCACCAUCUUCGAUGAGUUCACUAUCUUCAAUGAGCUCACCAUCAAUGACCUCCGCAUCAUCUGUUGGACAAAUCCCAUAUCCACCAGCCACACCACCAUCUGCAAUUCCAUAUCCACCAGCCACACCACCAUCUGCAAUGCCUGUUUCAUUGCCUUCAGCUACUUCUGCUCCAUUCUCAAACCCACCAUUAGCAAGUUUACCUGGUACAUUCCCAGGAAUGAGUCCAACUAGUCCUAACAUGGGAACUGGCGAAGCAAUUGGACAAACUGGCUCUGGAUCAGCCAGCAAUUCAGCUGGACUAUUCACAGGCACCAGCCCUACAAUGCCGCCAUCAUCACCAGCGAGUGAAUAUGAUAACCUUGUUUCGGGGUUAAAUUCAAAAACUGGCGGGUCAUCUUCCCAUUCAUCUGGAUCUUCAUCAUCAAAUGGCAAAACUCACGAUCUGCCUUCACAAACUGGUUCAAAGAAAAACAAUGCACUUCCAAAUCUUUUCAAUCCAUUUGGAGGAAAACCGAAGAAUCCCAAACCUAGCAAUAGCAAACCUAGCAACCCCUUCGGAUCUUUCUUCAUUGAACUUGGUGGCAGCUUGGGACCAGUUGAUGAUACAGAGAAUGAAACUGUUAUUAAUCAAUCAAAUAACACACCCGGAGUUGCUACAGUGCCUUUGACGUCAACAUUGGUACCUGGUCAUUCUGUAGACUUGACAUCAAUUAGCAAUUUAUCAACACCAGCAAACUUCUCCAAUGUGUUUCCAUUUCAGAAACAUGGAAAGGGAAAGGGAAAGAAGAAGUUUUCCAAUCCAUUCUUCAAUACAAGCAACAUGUUGAUGAACUUAUCCAAUCCAUUGUUGUUCAAUAUGAGCAGUAUGCCGACCAAUUUUGGUAGUUUUGCCAAUUUGACAAAUACAUUGAAUUCUCUAUUCAAUGGUAGCUCAACAAAGUUACAACCAUUCAACUCUGGUUCCAUGCCUCUGACUAGUUUAUUCAAUUCGUUUACCUCAAAUAUGCCAUCUCUGACUGAUAUGAUGAAUUCAUUUAUGAAUAUCAAUGAUUCGAAUACAUCACCACUCAUUGGUAUGUUUGAUUCAUUCCUUAAUAGCUCUUCAGCAUUUAACCUGUCAAAUUUGUCGAGUGAAUUUGAUAGCAUGAUGAAUUCGUUCCUGAAAAACAGCCCAGCUAUGUUUAAUUCAUCCAAUGGUAACCUUACCCAACUCACAAAUAUGAUGAAUUCAAUUUUUAACGCAACAUCGUCUAUGUUCAGUAUGGGCAAUAGUACCGAUUCACCAAUUAUGGAUUUAAUGAAUUCUUUCUUGGAGAACCCAUCUGCAAUUUUCAGCUCGAUGGGUGCAACUGAGUCGCCGUUUUCCAACCUAUUAACUAUGCCUUCGGGUGAAUCAGUACCAGAUGAAGUACCAUUUAUGAAUUCAAUGAAUGGGACAUCACCAUUAAGCAGCGUUAUGAAUUCCUUUAUGAAAAUGCUGAGUCCCACAGUAGGCACUUCUCCAAUCACAAGUGCAGUGAAUUCACUGAUGAAUAGCAGCUCAUCAAUUUUCAAUUUCUCCUCACCAUUCACAUCUGACGGUACCACUGACUUAAAAAAUAUGUUCCAAAGUUUCCUUCCUUCCAGCUUAUUUGGAAAUUCAAGCGAUGAUGAAGAUUACCCUGAUGAUGAUAUUUACCAGGAUUUAUUGACUCAACCUGGAAGUAAUGACGAUGAAGAUUAUUAUAAUCCAUUAUCAAGUUUAUUACCUCCUAAAGCGUCUGCGCCCUCUUCCUUUUCUACUGGUGGAAAUGAUUGGACUAAUUUUGGAAAUUCAGGAAAUGCAUCGGAAUUAUUGAAUGGUGUUAUGAAUAUGGCGAAUAGUUUACUUACUCCGAGCUCGAAUGGGACAAUUCCACUGACCAGUAUGCUUGAUAGUAUGUUUGGAAUAAAUGGUGCUGCACCUCUAACAGCUAGUCCAUUAAUGCCUGGAGGUUUAUUUAAUCCUAUGACUUAUGUGAAUGGGAGUUCACCUUUUAAUAUUUCCGGUUCAGCCGUGCCUUUCUCUAAUUGGAUGAAUGUAGUUUCGGCUUUGAACGGUACUGGAAUGUUUGGCGACUUAUCAGGCGUAUCAGGAUUACUUCAGAAUUUAUCAUCUUUGACUCAAGGGAUGAAUAACAUGACCAACAAUGCAAACAGUUUUGGUCAAAUGAUGAGCGAUAUUCAGAGCAUAUGGGGCGACUCGAUCUCGGCUAUGCAAUCAUUUAUGAACAAUUUAUCAUCAACACCAUCACUUUCAGACUCUCUUUCCCAGUACGAUUCACUACUUCCUCAAUCUAAUACACGUCCGGUAUCGCAACAUAAACAUAAACCACUAAAGGCAGGUUUGGGAAGUAGCUUUCUAGCUUUUCCAUCAUCUCCCCCUGCUCCAUCUGUGCCACAGGUUCAAUCAUCUCCCCCUGCUCCAUCUGCGCCACAGGUCAAUAGCAUGACGAUGUCUGAUCAAAUGCAAGCUUCCGCUCCAGAAGCUCCACAAAAUGAAACACUUACCUCUCCUUCUACACCAUCGAGUACACCAGCUCCACCACAACCUUCUGCCGAUGGUCAAAGUACUCCAACUCCACCCAGUAAUGCAAAUGGUACCAAUCCAUCCUCUAGUUCGAGUGGAAUUAAUUUAUCAUCGACAGGGGUCACUUUGCUUGGAUGCCUAAUAGUUGCUUUCAGUAUGAAGAACUUCCUGGGGCUUAUUUAAUUUGGACAAUCAUCUCAGUGUCUGAUUAUUCGCAGUUUCCAAUUCAUUCUGUAACGAUGAGCGGUUUUUUCUUGGAAACUUAACUAGGUAUACUAGGACUGCGUAUUUAUAGAAGUCAUUUGUAGGUAUAAGUUCAUUUUUAUUUGUCAUUUAAUUUUAAUUUUUCCAUUAUAACAAAUAAAAAAAUUACUUAUGUUUC